GAGUGAGUGAGAUACACAUCACUUGUUUGACAGGAAGAGACAGCACAGUGUGGUCUGAGAACAUCUGAGCUGAAAAUCACGAGGUCUGUGAAUCUAAAGCUUUCUAGUAAAAAUCUGAAAGGAGGCAGCACACAGACUUUCCUCUGUCGUAUCCCAGCAUGCCUUUGUGUAGUCAUCUGUUAAAUGUCUGAAUCACAAACAAACUGUAUUUUAAGAGUGAAGCCCACCUGCCCAUCAUUCCACUGCAGUAACAAACAGCUCUGCCUGUAUCAGUGACAUAUGGCUGUCAUGAGGGAGGUGUCAACCAGAGGAAGCUUGGCCUUCAGCUCUCUGCAUCACAACCACACACAACAAAGACCUAACGUUUCCAAAGAAAAACAGCACUUCUUCAAAAUGUAUCAACAAACAUGAUUUUUGUGUUUUGCCAAGGUUUUUGAAUGGGAAUACCACAUCUGAUAUUCAUGUCUUCAUUUCUAGACUUUGUUUAAAACAUAGACAGAGCACUGCUUUGUCUCACACUCCUUGACAUGAACAUUUUGCAUCAACACACAUUUUCCUGAAAGCCUUUAUGUGGUAAGUCUGAGCAACAGGAUAUGUCACAAAAUAGCACCCUGCCUCUAUAUGUGAAGAGAGAACAGCUCAGUUACGGACACUGAAGAGCCUCAGUCAUGAACACAAUGAAGACCUUUACUUUCAUAACAGCUUUAAUUCUCUGCAGCCUCAGCUGGAUCUCUGUCUCAGUGUCUGAGACUCAGACCGUGGAGAGCCAGCCUGGUCUCCAUGUCACACUGCUGUGCUCCAACAUUUCUACAUAUCCAACGACGACGACCUGGUCAAGAGUGGUCAACAGAACCGAGGCUGGCUGCGUCUCCUCUAUGUACGGCUCGAAUAGCAAUGCUUCAUACUGCGAUGGAUUUCAAAGAGGAAAAUUUGAAAUGACAUCAAAUAUGUCCAUUGUCUUUCUCAACAUCAACCAAGUGGACUUCUACGACGCGGGGCUGUACCUCUGUGGAUUCUACAUUGACGGACAGACAGUUUUCAGAGUGAUCAAUUUAAGAGUUCAAGAGGGUCAUGAUGAACCUCGUGAUGACAUGGAUGGAAAAAAAGAGUCAAAGCUGACGAGUGAGAUUCUGACCACUGUGACGGUUCUGCACUUAAUGUUCAGCUUUGGUCUGGUUGUCAAAAUAAGGAAGCUUCAGACAGCAGCUAAAGAGGAACAUCAGAAUUUGCGACAGCGUGAGAAUGUGGACUCUGAGUACCUGAUGAGACUGUAUUCACCAACAAUAAGAAACAGGAGGCCUGCAUCAGAGAGAGAAGUGGAGACUCAUGUUAUUUACACUGCCAGCAGAGAGACUCAGAGUGGAACUGAUGCUUUAUCUUAUUAUCAUAGUUUCUCUUUGACUGGUGUUUGAUGGAUGAGUCAGUAAGAACACCUGUAAAAUGACUGAGUCUCAACAUUAAAACCACCAACAGGUGAACUGAAUAGCAUUGGUUAUCUCAUUACAAUGUUCUGCUGGGAAACUUUGGGUCCUGACAUUCACCAGGAUCUUACUUUGACAUGUACCACCCACCUAAACACUGUUGUAGACCAAGCACACCUCCUCAUGGCAACAGCACUCUGCAAUGGCAGGGGCCUCCCCCAGCAGGAAAGUAUACCCACCACACACACACACACACCACACACACACACACACACACAUAAAACUGCUCAAAGGCCUGGGGCAGAGCCCCAAAAUUCCCCAGAUCCCAACCUGAUCCAGCUUGUUGGAUGUACUCAAACAAAUCAGAUCCAUAGAGGCCCCAUCCCACAACCCACAGGACCCAAAAGAUCCACUGCCAAUGUCCAGGUGCCACAGAACACCACCAGAGAUCCCAUGUCCAUGGUCCACUGAGUCAGGGCUGUUGGCGGCACAAGCCUACACAGUAUUAAGCAAGUAGCAGCUCAGAGUGGAACUGAUGCCUCAUUAAGAUCCUGUUUGUAUGAGACAAGAGGGUGGAGGAGGGUUACCACUAUUCUAGACAAAAAGAAUUCAUUGUCUGUCUAAAGAAUAUGACAGGUGUUUGGACGAGAAAGCAUGAGGACACCAGAAACUGUUCCCAGUCUCUCAUACUGAGAGACACUGGAGAUGUAAGUCUGCAGCAGCAGAGGACAGUUUGGUAAACAUCACUUGUUUGACAGGAAGAGACAGCACAGUGUGGUUUGCGUACUAAGCUGGAGGCCUAUUACAUCUAAAAAUAAAAUCUGAAAGGAAGCAGCAAAUGCUGGCUGGCUUUCUAGAGAAACCUUAAACAGUACAAAGGUCAGUGGUAAACUACCUGCUGUACAUUGCCUUCAAAAUCAUCAGAAAAAGUCAAGUAACAAUGGAGGACAGACUGGUCUGUCCAAAACCUAGUAAAGGAAAAGACUGAGACUGAGGCCUCACAUGAUGGAAGACCAUAGUCUCAAGACUCUGUGGACCCUGUGGAGCUGGACAGAACUGGACAGAAGCUGAAAGCAAAGCAGCCUACAAUGCAACACAUUUGUAACGGUGUUGGGACAACUGUCCAAACAAUGUGUCAUUUCCAUUGUACAAUAGACAGAAUGUCACAAGUGUGUUCAGCUGCUGAAUGAGUCAAAAACUUUGGAUUAAAUUUAGUUCAACAAAAA